UAUACGAGAGGAACCGUGACAGCCUUCUCUCCUUUUGAUGCCAGAGCUGAUGCAGAAGCUCUUCGUAAGGCUAUGAAGGGAAUGGGGACUGAUGAAGAAACUGUCCUGAAGAUCCUUACCAGCAGAAACAAUGCUCAGCGUCAAGAAAUUGCAUCUGCCUUUAAAACCUUGUUUGGCAGGGAUCUUGUAGAUGACCUGAAAUCUGAACUUACGGGCAAGUUUGAAACAUUGAUGGUAUCUUUGAUGAGACCGACAUAUAUUUUUGAUGCUCAUGCACUGAAGCAUGCCAUCAAGGGAGCAGGAACCAAUGAGAAAGUGUUGACUGAAAUUCUGGCCUCCAGAACGCCUGCAGAAGUGCGGAAUAUUAAACAGGUUUAUCUGCAAGAGUAUGAGGCCAACCUGGAGGAUAAGAUUACAGGAGAAACAUCAGGCUAUUUUCAGAGACUGCUGGUGGUCCUGCUGCAGGCAAAUAGAGAUCCCGAUGGUGGCGUCAAUGAGAGUCUUGUUGAGCAGGAUGCUCAGGUUUUGUUUAGAGCUGGGGAGCUGAAAUGGGGAACAGAUGAAGAAAAGUUUAUCACCAUCUUGGGAACCCGAAGCGUUUCUCAUUUAAGGAGGGUGUUUGACAAAUACAUGACUAUUUCCGGCUUUCAAAUUGAAGAGACCAUUGACCGUGAAACCUCUGGUGAUUUGGAGAAGCUGCUCUUGGCAGUUGUGAAAUGCAUCCGAAGCGUACCUGCCUAUUUUGCUGAGACUCUGUAUUAUUCCAUGAAGGGGGCUGGCACUGAUGAUGAUACCCUGAUCAGAGUCAUGGUUUCAAGAAGCGAAAUUGAUCUGUUGGAUAUUAGACAAGAAUUCAGAAAGAAUUUUGCGAAAUCAUUGCAUCAAAUGAUUCAGAAAGAUACAUCCGGGGACUACAGGAAAGCGCUCCUACUCCUUUGUGGUGGGGAUGAUGAGUAAUGGUGAGAGGAACAGGAAGGAUUUGUUGUACUCCAGCUUUGCAGCCCUUCAGUUAGCAUGUUUAGCUACAUUUUUGUAUCUUAAUGCUUUGUGGCUGUUUGAAUUUAUACUAGUAUUGCACUUACUAAAAAUGAGUGUAUUGUUACCC